AUGCCGCCCCGUAGAGAACCCGAACAGCCAGCGGUCCCCCAGGCCACAGUGGUCGCACUGUUCCGCGACUACCACCCUGAGAAGUUCUCCGGCCAGGGAGAUCCGCGUAUUUUAGACGAGUGGAUUCAGGGCCUCGAAUUGAUUUUUAAGGUCAUGGACUGUCCAGAUCGCUAUCGCUUUACUUGCGCACAGCUUCAGUUGAUCGACGACGCCCGACUCUGGUGGAAUGCCUACUGGAGUAUGCGUCCUGGCGAGAAAGAAGGUUGUACCUGGGAGAGAUUCAAGGAGAUGAUUCGAGAGAAGUACUAUCCCACGUACUACCGAGCUGAGAUGGAGCGGCAGUUUCUGUCGCUCAAACAGGGUACUCGUACUGUUGACGAGUACGAGAGAGAGAUUACCAGACUCGGAGCUUUUGUUCUGGAUUUGGUGUGUACUGAGGCGCAGCGAGCACAACGUUUCACUGACGGGCUUUUCCUAGCAGUCCGUCAUAAUAUUGUAGGUCACGGAGUCAAGACCUACGCUCGUACCGUUGCCAUUGCCCAGGAGGUGGAUGCCAGCAUUCGAAGGGAGGCGAACCAUGAUCGAUUACAGCCAGUUGCCCCUGCCCAGUCAUCCACAGUUCCACCGACUGUUGCCCAGCCACCAAAGAACAACAAGAGGAAGAGGAAAGGUGCCCAGACGGACAGGAGGACCCGACAGAGGCCGCAGCAGAUUCCACAGUGCCCCACUUGCGGACGACUUCAUCGCGGCGAGUGUCACAUGGGCCAGGAUAUUUGUUACUAUUGCCACGAGCCCGGACAUUUCGCUAGUCGCUGUCCGAAGAAACUCCAGCAGCAGCCACAGCAGCAGCAGCAGCCUCGACAGCAGGCCCAGAGACCACCACAGCAGCAGCAGAGGGGCAGGCAGCAGGCCCAAGUUUAUGCGGUUGAUCAGGCAGAGGCAGAACAGCACCCAGGUACUAUGUCUGGGAUGCUUAUGAUUAAUGACAAUCCUGUCUUUGCCUUAUUUGAUACGGGAGCAACUCAUACUUUUAUAUUACGACGAUGUCUCGAUGCCAUUGGAGUUCAUGUCAGUACCGCUGUCGAUCCUCUCGAGGUGAGUUUAGCCUCGGGACGAAAGAUAGUGACUUCAGCCAGAGCCACAGAUCUCAGUCUCUCCAUCGGUGGUCGUAUAUUGUCUACCGAUGCGUAUGUUCUCGAGAUGAGGGAUUUUGACCUCAUACUCGGCAUGGAUUGGCUAACGCGUUUUUAUGCAGAUAUCCGAUGUCACGACCGGGAGAUCACUCUUUUUCUUCCGGGAGAUGAUCAGAUCACUUUCUUCGGCACUAAGACUCGUUCCUUGCCCCAUGUCAUUUCGAUGGCGAAAGCCAGAAAGAUGUUGCGACGAGGUAACUGUCAGGGUUAUCUCGUCAGCCUUGUUGAUGAUUCUCCGAAGGCACGCUCACCUCAUGAUGUCCCUAUUGUUCGGGAGUUUGUGGACGUGUUUCCGGACGAGCUUCCAGGAGGACCGCCUAACCGGCAGGUGGAGUUCUCCAUUGAUCUUAUCCCAGGGGCCGGUCCAAUUUCUAAAGCACCCUACCGUAUGGCACCGAAGGAGUUGCAGGAGCUUAAGGCACAAAUUCAGGAGUUAUUAGGACUCGGUUUCAUUCGACCGAGCGUUUCACCUUGGGGAGCACCCGUUCUCUUUGUCAAGAAGAAGGACGGAUCCAUGCGCAUGUGUAUCGACUACCGGGAUCUGAACUGGUUGACGAUCAAGAAUAAGUACCCGCUUCCCAGGAUUGACGAUUUAUUUGAUCAGCUGAGGGGAGCUUGUGUUUUCUCUAAGAUCAAUUUGAGAUCCGGCUACCACCAGCUGAAUAUUAAGGAAUCAGACAUUCCCAAGACUGCUUUCCGUACUCGUUACGGUCACUAUGAGUUCAUUGUCAUGCCAUUCGGCCUCAGCAAUGCCCCUGCAGUAUUCAUGGAUCUGAUGAACCGUAUUUUCCAUCCCUAUCUAGAUCAGUUUUUCAUUGUUUUCAUUGAUGAUAUCCUUAUCUACUCAAAGAGCCAGAAGGAACAUGAGGAGCAUCUUAGGGUUGUUCUUGAGACCCUUAGACGAGAAAAGUUGUAUGCAAAAUUCUCCAAGUGCGAAUUCUGGCUUCGACGAGUAGCUUUUCUUGGUCAUGUGAUUAUGCAGGCAGGUAUUGAGGUCGAUCCUUCUAAGGUGGUAGCCGUUCAGAACUGGUCGACACCGAAGAGUCCGUCCAAGGUUCGCAGUUUUCUCGGCUUGGCUGGUUAUUACCGCAGAUUCAUUGAGGGCUUUUCCAAGAUUGCUUUUCCUUUAUGCCAGCUGACGAGGAAGUCUGUGGAGUUCGAGUGGACUGAUCGUUGUGAAGCGAGCUUUCAGGAGCUCAAGAGGAGAUUGACUUCAGCACCGGUGUUGACUAUUCCCGAUCCUUCCCGGAGUUUCACCAUCUUUAGUGAUGCUUCGAGGCAGGGUUUGGGAUGUGUCCUUAUGCAGGAUGGCCAGGUCGUCACUUAUGCUUCACGCCAGCUCAAACCCCAUGAACAGAACUACCCGACGCACGAUUUGGAGCUUGCCGCUGUUGUUCAUGCUCUUAAGAUUUGGCGACAUUAUCUUUACGGCGGUCGUUGCGAGAUUUUCACUGAUCAUAAGAGCCUGCA